AAAAAAGUAGUAGUUUUUAAAGCGGCCAAAAACAUCUUAUCCCUUCCUUUCUUCAAGUUAGCAAGAGAUUUUGGAGAUGCAUUCCUCAACAUGCAUCCCACUUUCACCUUCUUCUCACUCUUUAUUAUUGAAACCAUUCCACAAUCCUCUUCUUGGUGCUUUUCCUUCUGCUAAGAAACACCAUUCUUCAUCCCUGAAAAAAGCACAUUCUUUCACAACCACAGCCCGUCUCUCCUCCACCAAAGACUCCGUCUUGAAGGACUUCCAUCAACGAAAAGCUCUUAAGAUUAUCUCUGGUUUGCAAAAUUUUGAUAGAGACAACGUUGCUUCAGUUGUCACCGCUGCAGACAAGGGAGGAGCAACUCAUGUCGAUAUAGCUUGUGACCCUGAGUUGGUGAAGUUGGCUGUCAGCUUGACUUCUCUUCCUGUCUGUGUUUCUUCUGUGGAUGCUGCACAAUUUUUAGCUGCUGUUGAUGCUGGAGCAUUAAUGGUGGAGAUUGGAAAUUAUGACUCCUUUUAUGAGAAGGGUAUAGUUUUUUCUCCAGAGCAGGUAUUAAAUCUAGCAAAGGAGACUAAGAGGAUUCUUCCAUCUAUGACUCUAUCAGUCACAGUCCCUCACACGCUGAGCCUCCCAGAUCAGGUCAAGCUUGCAGAGUUGCUGGAACAGGAAGGUGUUGACAUCAUCCAGACUGAGGGAGGAAAAUGUUCCAAUCCUUCAAAAUCCGGUGUUCUUGGAUUGAUUGAGAAGGCAUCGCCAACACUAGCUGCGGCAUAUUCUAUUUCAAGGGCGGUCAAGAUUCCAGUGAUGUGUGCAUCCGGAAUAAGUGUUGUUACUGCACCAAUGGCCAUCACAGCUGGAGCUGCUGGCGUGGGGGUCGGCUCGGCAAUUAACAAGCUUAAUGACGUUGUUGCCAUGGUUGCAGAGGUCAGGAGUUUAGUUGAUUCACUAAACAUGUCAGUUGAUAGAAUAGCUGUACCUGAGGAAAAAUCUUUCACUUUGUAAACUCAUACAAGCCGAGUAUUUUGCUCAUCAAUUUUCUGCUUACAACAGUGACAUGUUCUGAAGAGACAUAAAGUGCAGUUUGCACCAAAUCAAUUAAAGUUUCAAUGCUUUGCAGGCAUUUCGAUCUGCAAAUCAUAAAA